AUGUCUGCCGGAAGUAUCGCUCAGGUGGCCAUCUUGUCUAUCGCAGGUUACAUCCUUUCUCGCAAGAGAAUUAUAAGCUCUCAGACCAGAGUCAGCUUCAAUGAAGUCAACAACGCGUUCUUUACUCCCGCAUUCAUAUUCAGCAAAUUGGCGUUUAAUCUAAAAGCGUCUCAAAUCGUGAAACUUUAUAUUGUCAUCAUUGGUGUGGCCAUUGUCAUGCUAUUGUCAGGCAUCUUGGCAAAUUUACUCGCUCGAGUUCUCCGGCUUACGACUCCCGAUCGCAAGUUCAGUAUGGCUAUAUCCAUGUUCAUGAAUUCAAGUGCAUUGCCAGUAGCUCUGUCAAUGAGUCUGAUACAAAAUUCGGGAUCAAAGAAUGUAUUCCAGUGGGGUGCAGAGGACACAAGAGAUGAGCAAAUUGGCAGAACUCUGGCUUACAUCAUACUUUUCAGUACACUGGGAUUUCUUGUACAAUGGAGCUACGGGCUGCGUCUCCUGUCCGUACCCCAAGCAGAAAGCAAGGGUACAAAGACUCGAAAAUGGAAGUCGUGUUGGUCUUGUUUCAAUUUUGCCUCGUCGAUUCGCAAUUCAAAUAAACCACAAGGUACAGAGAUGGAAAGCAAGAACAACGAGUUACAGGGGGGCACUGAGCGUAGCAGUCUGUCAGCCGUGCGGUCUGAUGUGGAUAAUCAGGUGCACGUACUGCCAAGCUCUUCACCCUUGAAGAGUGGUCACCUACCCAGCUCAAAGGCAAAGGCGAUCAUAAAACGCGUACUUGGUCCAUGUGCCACUUUCUUCAAAGCCUUGCAUAGUUUCAUGAACCCAACCCUUUAUUCGGCCAUUGUGGCUUUCCUUGUGAUUGGAAUUCCGAAAUGUCAGGAUUUUGUUAGUAGCCUCCAACCAUUACGCGGUGCGUUGCAGUUUGCAGGUGACGUCGCGGUCCCUUUAACAUUGGUCAUCUUGGAAAACGAAUCACACUCCACGAGAGAGCCCAAUAUGCAAGAAAGACGAUCAUGUUGGAAUAAAAUCGUGCAAUCAGCCGGCCAGCCGUCUGAGCGAUGCCCGAUUCUCGUCGGAAUUGCGGUCCGGCAGUUCUUGACGCCUCUUGUUAUGAUCCCUAUCCUUUUUGCACUCAAUCAUACUGCCGCUUCGGUAUCCUCAACUGGAGAAAUUUCAGCAAGUCAUCAACACGUAACUAAUGAUCCGUGCUUUAUACUAGCCAUGUCUCUGCUAGUCAGCGCACCGCCAGCAAUUACACUGUGCCAAAUGACCACCGCAAACCGCUUUCCAGUCGGAUCACCAGCUUAUGCACGCCACGAGUCUCACAGCCUUCGUUUCCAACGCUUGAUCUCAAAAACUCUAUUUGUUUCACAUGUAUUUCUCGCCCCGUUCACUGUUAUCAUUUCUGUGUUCGCCGCUGUACUGAUUAUACAGGCGCAUCGUCAAUAG